AACGCUUGAAACGUUCUCCAUUUUCCGUGCGCUUGCUUCGAAAGCUUCGUGUUCCCGUUCAUCAACAAUGGCCGAGAUUGAACUGAAGACUGCACCAGGUGACUAUCGUUUCCCAACAACAAAUCAAAGCAGACACUGUUUCACACGCUACAUAGAGUUCCACAGAUGUGUGGCAGCUAAGGGUGAUGGAGCUGGAGAAUGUGAAAAGUUUGCUAAAUACUAUCGUUCUCUUUGCCCUGCUGAAUGGGUGGACAGGUGGAAUGAGCAGAGGGAGAAUGGGGUUUUCCCGGGCCCUUUGUAAUUUGACCCACAUUUGAAGUGAUUGAUUGUUUGUUUGGGAUGAGAUUGGUUGGUUAAUAAGAGUUGUUUGUUGUGUGAAAGGUGUUUCUUUUAAGCCUUGGGAUUAUAUUCUAUUGCAACAUUUUUUUGGUAAUUUUGAAUGCAAGUGAUAAUGCAUUUGUGUUAUUGUUUAGUUUACUUUAAUUAUUAGGG